UUCAAACGUUUCUCUCUAAAAAUUACCUGACAAUAAAACAAAUGUUGUGUUUAAUGGAAAAAUUAAAAACUUGAAACUUGAAUUUUUGAACGAAAAUUUGAGAGCUUUAAAAUUUUCUAUUUAUUUACCUCUUAUGGAAUUUUCUUUUCUCAUACUGGAUUGUACGGCGUUGGCAUUUUGACGCAUUGUGGACGCUGGAGUUUUCAUCGAAGACAAAUCUAAAAUAUAAAACAAUUAUAUAGAAUAGAAAAAUAAUUAAUACGACAAUAUAGUGCAGUUGUUUUUUUGAACAAUUUCAGUCGUGUAAUUGUGUUUCUACAAUGAGUCAGGAUAAUAAUAAACCUCCGAUAAAGAAGUACAGAAGGGAGGAGGAAGAAGACAGUCCUUUAGAUACAGAUGACGAAUAUGUGCCAUAUGUGCCUUUCAAGCAUCGUAAGAAACAAUUGCUUACAAAAUUGGGUAAACUUGGACAGCUAAAAGAAGAAGGUAGCAAUGGUGUCGGGAAGAGUAGCAGUGAAAAUGAAAGAGAUGAUGCUGACAAUGAUGAUGGUCAGGUUUGGGGAAGAAAGUCUAAUAUUUCUCUCUUGGAUCAGCAUACCGAGUUGAAAAAAUUGGCUGAAGCCAAGAAGGAGAGUGCUAUGGAAAAGCAGUUGAAGGAGGAAGAGAAGAUUCUAGAAAGUGUUGCUGAGAAUAAAGCUCUAAUGGGUGUGGCUGAAUUAGCCAAAGGUAUUCAAUAUAAGGAUCCUAUCAAGACCAACUGGACACCGCCGAGAGUGAUACUCAGUCUCGGUGAGGCACGUCACGAAAGAGUAAGAAGAAAGCUUAGGAUACUUGUAGAAGGUGAUGAAGUACCGCCACCCUUGAAGACUUUUAAGGAAAUGAAAUUUCACAAAGCAAUCCUGUAUGGAUUGGAGCAAAGAGGUAUCAUCAAGCCAACUCCGAUUCAAGUACAAGGAAUACCUACAGUGUUGUCAGGACGUGACAUGAUCGGCAUAGCUUCUACCGGCAGCGGUAAAACGUUGGUAUUUGUUUUACCUAUUAUCGAGUUUUGCUUGGAACAAGAAAUCGAUAUGCCGUUCAUUAAAAGGGAGGGACCUUAUGGCUUGGUAAUAUGUCCUUCAAGAGAAUUGGCUAAGCAAACCUAUGACAUAAUUCGGCACUAUACGAAUAGCCUGAGACAAAUAGACUGUCCGGAAAUACGCUGUUGCUUGGCGAUCGGAGGUGUACCGGUUUCGGAAUCGUUAGCUAUAAUCAAUAAAGGCGUACACAUAAUGGUGGCGACGCCAGGACGAUUGAUGGAUAUGUUACAUAAAAAAAUGGUCACUUUAAGCGUGUGCCGUUAUCUCUGCAUGGACGAGGCAGAUCGCAUGAUAGACAUGGGCUUCGAGGAAGAUGUGCGAACGAUAUUUUCAUUUUUCAGGGGUCAGAGGCAAACUUUGUUAUUCUCCGCUACUAUGCCCAAAAGAAUUCAAAACUUUGCACGGUCGGCGCUGGUGAAGCCCGUGACGAUAAACGUCGGCCGCGCUGGUGCUGCGUCGAUGAACGUGAUACAGGAAGUGGAGUAUGUCAAACAGGAAGCUAAAAUUGUGUAUCUCUUGGAAUGUCUGCAGAAGACUGCGCCGCCAGUCUUAAUAUUCGCGGAGAAAAAGCGUGACGUAGACGCCAUCCACGAGUAUCUGCUCAUAAAAGGAGUGGAAGCUGUCGCGAUACACGGAGGAAUAGAUCAGGAAGAAAGAUCGCGUUCUGUAGAAGCCUUUCGCGCGGGUCGGAAAGAUGUGCUCGUUGCGACAGAUGUUGCGUCGAAAGGUCUCGAUUUCGCCGACGUGCAACACGUUAUCAAUUACGAUAUGCCGGACGAUGUAGAAAAUUAUGUGCACAGAAUAGGACGAACAGGUCGUUCUGGUCGCACCGGUAUAGCGACGACCUUUAUUAACAAAGCGAACGAUGAAUCGGUGCUACUUGAUCUUAAGCAUUUGCUGAUGGAAGCGAAGCAGAAGGUGCCGCCGUUCUUGCUGGAGCUUUGCUCGGAGAACGAAAAGUACCUCAAUCUGGGAGACGAACGUGGUUGCAGUUAUUGUGGCGGUCUUGGUCACAGAAUUACGGAGUGCCCGAAAUUGGAAGCUGUACAGAACAAACAGGCUUCCAAUAUUGGGCGUCGCGAUUAUUUAGCCAGCAAUGCCGCUGACUAUUAAAGUAAUUGAUUUUAAAGCAGAUUAAUCAUGUUCAUUGUAAAUAUGUAUAUACAAAUGUAUUAUAUAAUCAAUUUCUCUUUCUCUGAAGAGAAAGGUUCUUUCAUUGGUUUUUUAAAAAAAUAAAUAAAAUAUUUCAACUCU